UACAAUUGCCAGAGACCUGGGCCAGCACCAACGGGCAACAGGCAACAACAGAGAACAGAGUCAGUCAGGGAUGCAACUCUAAUGGGCGGUUGCGCAACCAACAACAGCAACAACAACAACAACAACUGGCCACAAUAGCAGCAGCAGCAGCAGGAGCUGCGGUAGCAGGAGGCAUCGCCAACGUGUUACGAUGUCAACGUAAUGAAAACAAAACACAAAACUUGCAUUUCCGUUGCCGCUGCCACCGCGCCUAGUGAAAAAAUGAAGUCCGUCAUCCUUUAUCCAUAUGGACCGCUAACUGGGGGCGCUCGCUGCUGUCGCAUAUUGCAUGCUAAAAAUUUGGCCAUAACAAGCGCCAUUUACACAAUUAAUAUAUCGCUCCUAAUCGUCCUGAUCUAUUCGUGGCGCAUAAAUGUUAACAUGCACAAAUCUGCCGAGCUACAGGAUGUCUACUACGGUGUGCAAAUUGCAUAUUUUGCCAUAAUUGGCACACAAAUGUCGAUGAUAUUGUUAAGCAUUGUGUUGAUAUUUGGCAUCUGUCGGGAAAACCCCGGCCUAAUUGUACCCUGGAUAAUUGGCUAUAUUACGUUUAUGGCCUUAGAAGCUGUCGCCAUGGUUUAUUCGAAUGUAUUGCGUGAUCAUGUGAAUAAGCAAUUCGAUGCCAUGUGCAAAGCAGAGGUGGCAUUUUUUAUCGCGCGCGCUUUUAUCAAUGUGCUUGCCAUGUGGGGCGUAUUGCGUUUCUAUAAUCUGGUGCGUUCGGGCAUCACCUGGCGCGGACCGGAGGCCAAGACGGCGAUCUUCGCGCCUAUGUACAAGAGCGUGAGCACCCACAGCAAAUCCUCGGUGGUCCAUUUGGAGGGUAAGCGCGCCAAGCAGCGCCAGCGUCAGCGCCGCUACAGCGUCGAGGCGGAGAGCGGCUGCUGCGCCAUCUUCGACUUUGACUUUGACUACGAUGACGACGAUGAGGAGGAGGAUGCGGAGGAUGAUGCGGUGGGCUACGAUUAUGACGACUACUAUGACUACUAUGAGGACGAGGAUGAACAGCAGCUGGAGCUUGAGCUGGAACAGCAGGAGGAUGCGGACUGCAGCAUGCUUGGCGCGAGUGCAUCCAAGUCGCGCACCCGAACGGCAGCGGUCCGUGUGAAGGGUCAGCGCCAGAGGCGCAACAACAACAACAUACGCAGCGUGCUGAUCAAUAAGCGGCACAACAAAUACAAGAUCAGCCGGCCGCAGACACAGCUCGAGGUCAUCAACGAAUCGGAGCGCAGCGCGGGCAGCGGCAGCGACGAGAACGACUCCCUGCUGGUGGCCUAUGACAGCAGCUCGUCGCUGGCGUCGGUUUGACAUUGGCCGCCAUGCCACAAUGGA